UGCUGGGAAACCGGAAGUGGAGGAUUGUAGCCGUGUGGACUGCUUUCGAGUCCCGCGCUUUGGAAUCGUAUGGAGAAGAGUAGAAAAUAACAGGCGCUGAUUGCUUUUGUGGGAACACUUUCAUCUAAACGGGUUAUAACCGGCUAUUGUGUGUCUACCGCGGCAGCAGUACGUCUAUCACAAUGAAGAGCAGCGUGACGCAAGUGAAAAGUUCUAUGAACUACAACAGACCAGCUGAUCAAAAUUCCGACCAAAGUUCUUCUCCGGAAGACAGGAAUCGAGACCGUUACAAGUCGAGAAGGGUUCAGGACUCUGAGGAUGACCGGAAGAGAAGUGAUCAGGACUCUGAUGAUGACCAGAAGAGAAGUGAUCAGGACUCUGACGAUGACCGGAGGAGGAGGGAUCAGGACUCUGACCGGAAGAGAAGGGAUCAAGACUCUGAUGAUGACCAGAAGAGAAGUGAUCAGGACUCUGACGAUGACCGGAAGAGAAGGGAUCAGGUCUCUGAAGGUGACCGUAAGAGAAGGGAUCACGACUCUGGCGAUGACCGGAGGAGGAGGGAUCAGGACUUUGACCGGAAGAGAAGGGAUCAGGACUCUGACGAUGACCGGAGGAGGAGGAGGCGCUAUCAGCACUCUGACGAUGAUAGGUGGAGAAAGAGGAGGGAUUGGGACUCUGACUUUGACCGAAGGAGGAAUCGAGACUCUGACUUUGACCGAAGGAGGAAUCGAGACUCUGAUGAUGACCAGAGGAGGAGAAGGAAUCAGGACUUUGAUGGUGACCGUGACCGGAGGCGAUGGGAUCAUGAGAGUAUCCCCAAUAGAAACAAAAUGUCUCCAGAGACCAGGCGAAAUGAGGAGCAAUCGGAAGACCAGGUCCUAGCAGAGCCCCCUGUGAAGAAAAAGAAGGAAGAAUUGGAUCCGAUCCUAACUCGCACAGGUGGUGCAUACAUACCUCCUGCCAAACUUCGCAUGAUGCAAGAACAGAUAACUGAUAAGAGCAGCUUAGCAUAUCAAAGGAUGAGCUGGGAAGCUUUAAAAAAAUCAAUUAACGGUCUUAUUAACAAAGUGAACGUGUCUAAUAUUGGAAAUAUUAUCCAAGAGCUGCUUCAAGAAAACAUUGUCCGUGGAAGAGGUCAGCUGGCUAGAUCAGUUCUCCAGGCACAAAGUGCAUCUCCCAUCUUUACCCACGUGUAUGCAGCAGUGGUAGCUAUCAUCAACUCAAAGUUUCCUCAUAUUGGAGAGCUCAUAUUGAAGAGGCUUAUUCUUAAUUUCCGAAAGGGGUACAGAAGAAAUGAUAAGCAACUUUGCUUGACGGCAUCAAAGUUUGUUGCUCAUCUCAUCAAUCAAAAUGUGGCCCAUGAGGUACUGGCUUUGGAAAUGUUGACGCUGCUGCUUGAAAGACCUACAGAUGACAGCGUUGAAGUCUCUAUUGGCUUUUUGAAAGAAAGUGGACUAAAGCUGACCCAGGUUACACCCAGAGGUAUAAAUGCUAUAUUUGAGCGGCUUCGCAACAUCCUGCAUGAAUCAGAAAUAGACAAGCGUGUUCAGUAUAUGAUUGAAGUCAUGUUUGCCGUUAGAAAGGAUGGAUUUAAAGAUCACCCAGUGAUUCCCGAUGGUUUGGACCUUGUGGAGGAAGAAGACCAGUUCACACACAUGCUUCCUUUAGAAGAUGACUAUAAUCCAGAGGAUGUUCUCAAUGUCUUCAAAAUGGAUCCCAACUUCCUUGAAAAUGAGGAGAAAUAUAAGACCAUUAAAAAAGAAAUCCUUGAUGAAGGAGACAGCGAUUCAGAAGGUGAAGAUGAUGCAGGGGACAGUGAUGGUGACAGUGAUGAUGAAGAUGAGGAAGGAGCGGAAGGAGGCGAAGAAGGAGAAAAAAUGAUAAUCCAUGACAAAACUGAAAUUAAUUUGGUUUCAUUUCGAAGAACAAUAUAUCUGGCAAUCCAGUCAAGUUUAGAUUUUGAAGAAUGUGCACAUAAACUGAUUAAGAUGGAUUUUCCUGAAAGCCAGACUAAAGAACUUUGCAACAUGAUACUCGAUUGCUGCGCUCAGCAGAGAACAUACGAGAAGUUCUUUGGCUUGCUUGCUGGGCGUUUCUGUUUACUAAAGAAAGAUUAUAUGGAAGCUUUUGAAAAUAUUUUUAAAGAACAGUAUGAUACCAUCCACCGACUGGAAACCAACAAAUUGAGAAAUGUUGCAAAAAUGUUUGCUCACCUCCUUUACACGGACUCGAUUCCUUGGAGUGUUCUGGAAUGUAUAAAUCUUAGCGAAGAAACAACAACUUCUUCUAGUAGAAUAUUUGUAAAAAUAUUCUUCCAGGAGCUUUGUGAAUAUAUGGGACUUCCAAAACUGAAUGCAAGACUUAAGGACGUAACUCUCCAGCCUUUCUUCCAGGGACUGUUGCCGAUGGACAACCCUAAAAACACUCGUUUUGCUAUCAACUUUUUCACAUCAAUUGGCCUUGGGGGAUUAACGGAUGAAUUACGUGAACAUCUAAAGAAUGCUCCCAAGAUGAUUAUGACUCAGAAGCAGAACGUUGAAUCUUCAGAUUCAUCGUCUUCAGAGUCCUCUUCAGAGUCCUCUUCUGAUACUGAAAGCAGCUCCAGCUCUUCAAGUUCUGAUGACUCCUCAAGCUCCAGCAGUGACUCUGAUUCCCGAAGGAGGAAAAAGACAUCACACAAGAAGAAAAGUAAACAUUCCCUCAAGGCAGUUACUAAAAAACAAGUUUAUGAAGACAAGCGCAAGGAAUCAUCGGAAAGAAAACCCCGCAAAGACAGACAUGACGACAAAUCAAGAAAAUCAGAUAGCAGCUCAAAACACAAAUUGCAUUCAAGAAGCUCCCACAGAUGAGCUCUCUUCAAAUAAACUUUUUAUGACAGUUAAUACUCUGAGUAACAUACUGGGGUUUCAAAAACAGCAGGAACGUUUUUACACUAAUUUUACUUAAUACACACAGUUGUAAAAUACUACUUUCUCUAUGAAGUGUAAUAAACCUUCCGGAGCUGAAACACAAUUUACAACACGUUCAAUUGAUUUGUAGUGACUGUUCAAUAAAUACUGGCAAAGGAACCUUUUAUAAUCAGCAGUGCCAAAAAAGAUGCUGUAUUUUAGUGCUGUGAAAUAUAUUUUUAUGGUUUUGAAACUGUUUUCACAUCUCUCUAUUAAAACAAUUCAUUUAUAA